GUCAUUAAUGGUCAUUUUAUAGUCGGCACCACCUAAACAAGGUGCACUGUGGGUACAAAGUUGUGGUCUGUCAUUUACUGGGAUGUUUGGAGGCAACGACCAGCCUGUGCGAUUCUGAUGACUCAAGAAGUAGAAACAAAAGGCCUUUGAAGAAAGAAAUCUUCACGUCGUGACGGACUCUGAAACGGCUUUCUGGAACCUGUUCCUCUAUUGGACAAAAUCUGAACACUGUUUUCCCAAGGAGACUUGCUGACAGAGCAGAUUGAAUGCAUUUGUCACCGGACACAAUGAAUAUGGUGGAUGACGGCUGCCUGUCAACGGACGCCUACCAUGACCUGGGGAAAGGUGGCGCCUCAGGCAUGGGCGGCCGCGUCCACAGCAUCGAUGUUAUUCUGGGCUUCAGCAAAGACCAGGACCCUCUUCUCAAUGCGGUGGGGCACAAAGUGGACGGACACGACCUGGGGGAACAGGACAAACAAGUGACUUCUGACCCCUACAGUCACCUGCAAAGUUUGCCUGACAACUCACAGCCGUCAGCCUAUCACGAUAAGAGUGAAGCAGAUUUGGGAGACCCGCGGAGUGCCGUGGAGAGUGACAGCCGUUCACCGGACCCCCCUGAUGAGGAUCAACCAAAGAAGAAACACAGACGGAACAGAACCACCUUCACGACCUAUCAGUUGCAUGAGCUAGAACGCGCUUUUGAGAAAUCUCACUACCCGGACGUGUACAGUCGAGAAGAGCUGGCUAUGAAAGUCAAUCUCCCAGAAGUUCGAGUUCAGGUGUGGUUCCAGAACCGACGUGCAAAGUGGCGGCGACAGGAGAAGAUGGACACGGGCACCAUGAAGCUCCACGACUCGCCCAUGCUGUCCUUCAAUCGACCGCCCAUGCCCUCAAACAUGGGACCCAUGAGUAAUUCCCUCCCACUGGACCCUUGGUUGUCUUCUCCGCUCUCCAGUGCCACGCCCAUGCACAGCAUUCCGGGCUUCAUGGGACCAGGUCAAAGCCUCCAGCCCGCUUAUCCGAGUCACCCCGGGUUCCUGAACUCCUCCCCGGGCAUGGUCCAGGGAAUGCAACCCAUGCCACCACCUCCUUACCAAUGUCCUGCUACAUUUAACGACAAGUACCCAUUGGAAGACGUGGACCGCAGUACCAGUAUUGCGGCGUUGAGAAUGAAGGCCAAGGAACACAUUCAUUCCAUGGACAAAACCUGGCAACCCAUGUAGUGGGGAAAAUUAAGAACUUGACAAAGUUUUUUGGGGGAUCUCAUAGACACAUGGAAGGAUGACAAGCAUUCUUAAAAGUGAUUAUUUACAUUUAUUCACUUGGCGAGACGCUCUAUCCACUUCCAGUGUAUUCAAAGUUUACACUUUAUCAGUCCAUGCAUUUCCUGAGAAUCUUGGUAUUGAGCUACAGGAACAAGUUUAUCAGAACAGGAUAAUUUCAGACAAGCAUUAGGGUUCACCCAAAUGUCAUAGAUGAGAACUAGCAACGCAAAGAACAUGAACAUCCUAUCGCCUGUUGCCUGUAAACAACUGCAGGUGGAAAGGUGUUUUUUGUGACAUAAUCUGAUGUAGUUUUGUACUGUGUUUGUUUGUUUGAUUUUAAAGACCUCAGAUGUUUCAGGGAAGUCUUUAUAACCUUGCCUGGAGUUACACCGUUGGGGAAACCUGGUUGGCACAUUCACUUCAUAAUCGUUUUGGCAACAGAGCACUGACAGGUCUGGAUUCUGGAAUCUACAGUAAGGCGUUUCCGUGAAAGCUACCUGCUGAUGUUGAGCUCCUUAGGAUUUCAUGCCAGCUGGUGCCAAGCUCCUCUCUUCAUCAUUUGGUCAGGAUGGAACAACACCAAGUUUAGCACGUUGGCUAAUUUAAUACCCGUUUAGAGGUUAAAAUCAUGUUCUACCAACACGAGGAACAUCUGACACAAAUCAUGGUUUAGAAGGAUCAACUCUCAAAAAUGUCUGUAAAAUAAACCUGAAAUAAGUCUCGGAGGUGUCGGACAUUAAUAACUGGAUUUUUAUGCCAUGGUGUGGAGACAAUAGAGUUUAGAGUAAUAUUAUAAAAUUAAGUAUAUACCUCACAAAAUUUUGUCAGAUUUAAAAUAACAAAAAUAAUAAUAACUGAGGAAAAAAAUAAAUCAACAUAGUCUCGUAAUAUAUUGUACGAGAGGGUGAAAUUGUAAGAUAUCGUAAAAGAAAUAUGACUUUUAUACCCAUAGAAUCCAACCAAUCAACAAACAGAAUUUUAAAUUGAUAAAACACAGGCAUCAAAGUUUUUUGGGAUACAUCUCAUUCCAUAUUUAUUUCUGCAAUACAAUUGAUGUAUGUUAAUAACCUGUAAUGCGCUUCCCUCGUCUCAAACUCCAAUGUAUUCUUUCUUCUGUGGAACACAAAAGUUAGUUUACUAUUAAAAUCAUGUUUAGGUUUAUAGGUUUAAAUCCUAAUAAUAUUGUCCAUUGCUGGUUCGUUUAUUUUUCUCUAUGCACUCCAAAAAAUACUUGAGCCUAUUUUUAAGAUUUACGCAUUUCAUAACAAAAUUCCAUCACAUUGAA